UUCCCUUCCUUCUCUCGAUCUCGCCUCUGGAGGAAGUUAAAGUCCCGCGUGGCCCGGAGAGGAACUCCCCGCUCCCGGCGUGCACUCCCGCUUGGCCAGCGCUCACCAUGCGGCCCCUCGUCCUGCUGUGGGGCUGCCUCGUGCUCCCAGGUUACGGAUCCCUGGUGGGCCCGAAGGAGAUCAGCGGCUUUGAAGGUGGCACCGUGUCCCUGCAGUGCACCUACGGGGAAGAGCUGAAGAAGUACAGGAAAUACUGGUGCCGGGAGAGCGGGUUCUUGAUCUCCCGCUGCUCUGGGACUGUCUACUCUGGAGAAUAUGGCCAGGAAGGCAGGGUGUCCGUCCACGACAACCCCCGGCAGCUCAGGUUUGAGGUGGUCCUGAGGAACCUCACCCUGAAGGACAUGGGGCAGUACUGGUGUGGGGUCAAAAGAGUGGGCUUCGAUAAGACUUUCCCGGUUUCUUUGCUCGUCUUUCCAGGGACCUCUCCUCACCCGGCAACCUCUCCAUUUGCCAGGACCUCUUCUCACCCAGCAACCUCUCCGUAUGCAGGGACCUCUCCAUAUGCAAGGACCUCUCCGUAUGCAGCAGCCCUUCCAAAUGCAGGGACCUCUCCUCACCCGGCAACCUCUCCUCCUGCAGGGAUCUCCCGCCAAGCCACACAGCUGGACUCCACCACAACAGAGGACACCAGUUUUGUCCCCAGCAGAAGCAGUUCCAAGCCCAGGGUGUCCAUCCCGAUGACCCGCAUGUUGGCCCCGGUCCUGGUGCUGCUGGCCCUUCUGCUGGCCACGGGCCUGGCCGCCCUCGGCAGCUACCUGCUCCAGUGGAGGAAGAAAGCUCAACUGGCCAUGGAGACACCGAGGAAGGAGAAGGUCCAUCUCUCCCACUUGACUUCAAAGGAAGACGAAGCCUCGUGGCAGACCCCUGAGGGAGACAUGACCCCAGGCCCUCCCCUCCCCGUGUCUGGGGACGAGCCAGACUUUUCUAAGUUCAUCUCAGUCUAGCCACCUAACGCCCUCCGUGAAUCUCUGGAAGGGCUGAAUUUGCGCUAACUUGGAUACGUUUUCUGCUACGGCUUCAGAGUCCUCCUGCCAGAGUCCAGGGCUCUCCUCCACCCUCCCCAAGCUUUCCUCCUGCAUGCCCCAGCUGACCCGGAAGGCUUCGUCAGCACUGGGGCCUGGAGUGGUGGCUUCACGGUUCCAGCUGGAGACGGGGACCUCCCCAAGCUGGUCGCAUUCCUGGGCAAAGCGUGCAGCCGCUGGACCCUCAAGGGGCCAGGCAGGGCUCAGGGGGUCUGGUCCGAGUUUGUUUCUGCUACGGGAACUCCCCUGGGCCUGGGUGCCCAGCCACAGGCCGCUCCUAACUCCCCCUCCAGACCCUACCUCCUCUUCCCUUCCUUCCAUCCUCAGACUCAAGGUCAAGUUCUCCUACAUAAGCUGGUGAGGAGGAGGGAGACUGCUGGGUUAGACGGGAUUCUGAUUUCUCAAAGCCGGGCUGUGAACCUCCUGCAUCCCAGUGCUUCAGGAAGCUGGUUAAAAGGAUAAUUCCUGGGUCCCAUCAAGAACUACCAAAACGGAACUUCCCUGGUGGCGCAGUGGUUAAGAAUCUGCCUGCCAACACAGAGGACACAGAUCAGAUCCCUGGUCCGGGAAGAUCCCACAUGCCGCGGAGCAACUAAGCCCAUGCACCACAACUACUGAGCCCAUGCGCCACAACUACUGAAGCCCACGUGCCUAGAGCCCGUGCUCUGCAACAAGAGAAGCCACCACGAUGAGAAGCCCGCACACCGCACCAAAGAGUAGCCCCCACUCGCCGCAACUAGAGAAAGCCCGCACGCAGCAAUGAAGCCAAAAAUAAUUUUUAAAAAGGAACUACCAAAACCAUCUCUGAGGCUGGGCCCAGGACUCUGCAUUUCUAACAAGUGCCCUGGUGAUUCUAACUCUUGAGUUUGAGCACCAGUGGGCUGGUUGAGCUCUCAGGCCCCUCCAGUUUAGAGAGUCUACAUUUGGUGUGUGGAGUCUCCCCUCUGCCCCCUAUAGGGCCUACUCUGCCCAUGACACCAUGACCCAGCUGGGAGCUUUCCUGGACCUGCCCGAGUCCAGGCCCAGAUCAAGUGCACAUUGGAAGGGGUGAGCCCAGGACUGGCGGGGAGUGGUUGUCUUUCUGAUCUCCCUACCCAGCCAUGCAUUCCAGGCUUUGGAAGGAGGAUGGAAAAAAGCACGGCUCCUUCCUUGUGAAGAAAGGGUUGACUACCUGUGGGUUCUGAGAGCUGGGGAAGGGGUAGGAAAACACAGGGUACAGGUGGAGGUGGGUAUCUAAAAGGGAGGAGGGAGGGGACAGGGCAGGACCCUAAGGGGAACCUGACGGUGACCUGGAGUUUGGUCCCCUGGAGUGGGCGGACGGAAGGUAGAAUAACAGAACUACUGGGUUUUUGAAAAAUGAACCGGGGGCUGCUCAAUAUACAAAACCUAGAAAGAUGGGGGGAUAAAAGGAAGAAAACAUAUCACCCAUCAUCUCACCGCUACCCAAAGACAAAAUUAUUGCAAUUUGUUGUAUUUCUUUCCAGUCUUUUUUCUCCACAUCACUUGCUGAUGUGCUUCUACAAAUUAUUUUGUACAUACAACUUUAUAUCCUGCUUUUCCCACUUAAUUAUUAUAUCAUAAGCAUGUUUUUGCAUAAUGUUUUUA